AGACUUUACGUUGUGUAGAUUCACGCUUCAUGUCCUAUAGGCUCAGGAGCUCAGAUUUACUUCUUGUUCUUAGAGUCAGAGUUGUAGAAUAGAAUUUCAGGAUAUUAAAAAUGAAGACUCCGUUGACACUUUUAACAGACCAGUGCUUGGCAUGCAAAGAAUGAAGUGAUUUUCAGUGAUGUUUUGUGAUUUCUCUUACAAAUUGGAGUAGUCAUAAAACUGCUCUCGUGUCUAUUUUCAUUGUUCUUCUGUAAGAAAGUGGGACGCCUACUUUGCAAGUUUGUCAGCUAGUGAUGGUCAUGUUUAGAUUCAGUUUCCUUGGUGAUUUUCAGUAAAACGAAGCGAGAUACCUAGAAUUCAAAAAUUAAGGUUUGUCGAGAUUCUUUGAGCAAAGUGCUGUGCCAAGUUCAAAUAAGCAUUUUUGUCACUGGUAUUUUUUAUUUUAUUCCCUUAAAUAUAUGAGUGUUUUGUUUGCAUGUAUGGCAAUGCACCAGCUGUGACAGUCCAUAGAGUCCAGGAGAGGGCAUGAAUUCCCUGGAACUGGAGUUAAAAAUGGUGAGCCACCAUGUUGGCACUGAGAAUCAGCCCUGGGUCUUGAAGCUACUGCUCUUGACUGCUGACCCAUCUCUCCACCCUAGAGUACUUCUCAAUUAUGAAUGCAGACACUUGUGAGUGGAUUUGUACUUUAUAAAUGUAUGUUUUGUGAGCAGCUGGGUGCACUAACAGAGAACUUGUGAUUCUAUAGCUACCCAGACUCUAACCCAGUGGUUCCAAGCAUGUGGCUGGUGGCCCCCUCCUAGGUCACAGGGGUCAUCUCGGACCAUCAGAACACACAGGUUCUUACAUGAUGGUUCAUAACAGUAACAGGAUUACAGUUCUGAAGUAGCAAAGAAACGACCUUUGGUUGGGGUCACCACAGCCCAAUAUGAGGGACUGUGUUGAAGGGUCACAGCAUUAGGAAGGUGGGGAACCAUUGCUUUAGGACAGCUGGUUCUCCUCAUGUCCCCCUCCCCUCUGUAAUUCAUUUUAAGUUAACAAAGUAACAGUUUUCCUCGUGGGAUCCUCAUGGGCAUGUGGACUAAUAGUGUGUUCUCAUCCAUUCUGCUUGCUGGUGGAGCCUGUAGUUUUCUAAGACAGGGUCUCAGUAUGUAUCUCUGCCUGGCCCAGAACUCGCCAUGUAGGCCACACUGACCUCAAACUCACAGGGGUCUGCCUCCCCAAAGCUGGAAGCAAAGGCAUACACCAUCAUACUCGGCAAGAACUUAACUCAGCAUCUUUCAUGGAUAAAGCAACCAGAAAUCUCUGUGGCUGAUUUGUUUCUGUUUCAUUGACUUAAGACUGGACAGAGGCGACAUGUCAGAAGAGACAGUCAGCAGAUCCCAGUUCUCCUUGAAGACAUAUGCAGUGAGAGUGUUUGCUCUGCCUGGGUCCUGGUAUUAUUCUCUCUCCCAGGUGAAGAUCAGAAUCAGAUUUUCACCAGUAGUUAAGAAGUUGUUCGUGGUGACUGCAGUGAGUGCUGUGUCUGUGCUUUUUCUGGCCCAUCACUUUAAAAGAAGACGGGGAAAACAGAAGGGGAAAGCGCUGCCCUGGGACCCCGAGCACCUCCUCCUUGAGCACACGAGGAGAGCCGCAUCCGACAAAGGCUCGAGUUGUUCCAGUAGUAGACAGAAUUUGACCUUGUCAUUAAGUUCCACCAAAGACAUAGGAUGUCAGUGCUGCAAGUACCCAAAUGGAGGACUUCUCAACUACCCGAAUGGAGGACUUCUCAGCAGAUGCUCGGGUUCCGCUCAGAGCUUGGGCUCCGUCCAGAGUGUUAACUCCUGUCACAGUUGUGCUUGUGGAAAUUCUAAUUCCUGGGACAAAGCAGAUGAUGAUGACAUCAGACUUGUUAACAUUCCUGUGACCACACCUGAGAACUUGUACCUGAUGGGUAUGGAAUUAUUUGAAGAGGCGUUACGCCGAUGGGAACAAGCACUGACUUUUCGAAGUAGACAGGCUGAAGAUGAAGCCUGCAGCUCUGUUAAACUGGGAGCCGGAGAUGCCAUUGCAGAAGAAAGUGUGGACGAUAUCAUUAGUACAGAAUUCAUCCAUAAACUUGAAGCUUUGUUGCAAAGAGCAUAUCGUCUCCAAGAGGAGUUUGAAGCUACCCUUGGGGGAUCAGACCCUAAUUCCCUUACAAAUGAUACUGAUAAAGACACAGAUAUGAGCGUGAGGGAGACUGUGGAUGAGUUUGGCCUGCCAGACACCAUGAACAUUGACUCAGCAGAUCUCUUUGCUUCAGCAACAGAGCUUUCAGAGCACAGAGAAACACAGCACACCUACAGCCUGGAGUCUUUUUGUCGCUGCCCUUUCUACGAAGAAGCUAUGCAUUUAGUUGAAGAAGGAAAAAUCUACUCCAGGGUGCUGAGAACGGACAUGCUGGAGUGCCUGGGAGACAGUGACUUCCUUGCCAAGCUUCACUGUAUCCGGCAGGCUUUUCAGCUGAUCCUCGCAGAAGCAGACAACAGGUCAUUCCUUGCUGAAAGUGGAAGGAAAAUCUUGUCAGCUUUAAUUGUGAAAGCCCGAAAGAAUCCAAAGAAAUUUCAAGAUGUUUUUGAUGAAAUGAUCUAUUUUUUAGAGCAGACUGAUCACUGGGAUAGCACUGAGAUGGAACUCGCUGCCAGAGGGGUGAAAAAUUUAAAUUUUUAUGAUGUGGUUCUGGAUUUUAUAUUAAUGGAUUCCUUUGAAGAUUUAGAAAACCCACCGACAUCCAUUCAGAGUGUAGUGAACAAUCGCUGGCUCAACUCUUCCUUCAAAGAAACCGCUGUGGCUUCAAGUUGUUGGUCAGUGCUGAAACAGAAAAGGCAGCAGAUGAAGAUCUCAGAUGGAUUUUUUGCCCAUUUUUAUGCCAUUUGUGAGCAUAUAAGCCCUGUCUUAGCCUGGGGCUUCUUGGGUCCUAGAAAUUCUCUCUAUGACUUAUGUUGCUUCUUUAAGAAUCAAGUUCUUUUCUUUCUCAAAGACAUCUUUGACUUUGAGAAGGUGCGCUAUUCAAGCAUCGACACGCUGGCAGAGGACCUCACGCACUUACUCAUCCGCCGCACAGAGCUGCUGGUCACCUGUCUUGGUGCAGAUGCCCUGAGGCAUGCCACUACGUGUACCAGUGGACACUCCCACACCGUGCCCACUGCGCUAUUAGAAGCCAAAGUACAAUAAGUACCAGAAGUAGUUCAGGAAUGCUGUCUGACUGUGUGUGUGCCUCAGAAACCACAGGAUUGAUAACGUGGCCUCAGGGAGAAGGGGAGUCUCAAGGAUGGGUGAUUGUCCUGCAUGAUGCAGGAGGUUUGUAUUGAAGCCAUGCAGUGGAUGUCCUGCAUGAUGCAGGAGGUUUGUAUUGAAGCCAUGCAAUGGAUCCAGAGUGACUUUUUAGUAAUCUUUAGGUAAUAAUUUAAGUUGUGAAAUGUUGCAUAUUGUUGUGACUGUUGCUUGCAUUGAAGCCAAUGCUAUAGGAGUUGAUUGUCUUCACACAAUCUGCACUGUCCAGUAUCGUCUUCAAAACGCGUCUUGAUGCUUUGCUUCUUGAAAAUACUCUAGCCCAAGGUGAUGUAUCUGUGUAAUAAUCUAUGACUUCUAGUGUCAACAUAUUUAACUUUGGCUGAAAUGUAUUCUUAACCAUAGUUAUUUCUUCAUUUAAUAGAGUUUAGACAAUUAGAGGUGUUUACCUGUGUUUCGGUUACCUAUGGCUUAUAUAUUUGCUAAUGUAUUUGAAUCACAAAGGACUGGUGUGCCUAACUAAAAGGACCCGGAUGAAGUGAAUGGUUUACAGUGCACACUUUGUGGAGGAUGGCCUGCAAUGCCAGAGUAUAUAUUACUAUUGUCCUGUAAGCUAUAAUGCACUGAGUAUUUUUAUCUCAUUUUCCCUCAGAUGAAUAUUAAGUUUGAAAAUAUAAUUUAUUUACCAAAAAAAGAAUUAAAAAUUUAUUCUCUUUUAAAUGUAACUUUGAGACUGACUUAAAGUAUUAAACUUUAGAAUAAGA